AUGACCCAUCAAGAAUUUGAUUUCACCGAUCACUCCCACAGACGUUACAAUCCAUUAACUGACUCCUGGAUCUUAGUUUCCCCACACAGAGCUAAGAGACCAUGGUUAGGUCAACAAGAAACCCCAUCUAGACCAAAUGCCCCAGAAUACGAUGACAAAUGUUUCCUAUGUCCAGGUAACCACAGAGCAACUGGUGGGUCCAAUCCAAAAUAUGAAUCUACAUACAUUUUCCAAAAUGAUUAUGCUGCUGUUAAGACUGAACAACCAACUUUACCAGAAAACUACAACGGUAAGGAUGUCUUAAAGAACAGAUUGUUCAAAGUGGAAUCCGUCAGAGGUAAUUGUUUCGUUAUUUGUUUCAGUCCAAAACAUAACGUUACCAUCCCACAAAUGGAACAUGGUGAGUUAAUCAAUGUUGUUGGUGCUUGGCAAAAACUUUACAAUGACUUGGCAAAGGAAGCAAGAGAAAAUGAAAAACCAUUCAAAUAUGUGCAAAUUUUCGAAAAUAAAGGUACCGCUAUGGGUUGUUCCAAUUUACAUCCUCAUGGUCAAGCUUGGUGUUUGGAAGCUAUUCCAAGUGAAGUUUCACAAGAAUUGAAAUCAUUCAAGAAAUAUAAACAUGAAAAUCAUGCUGAUUUAUUAGGUGAUUUCGUUAAAUUAGAAUUACAAGAAAGAUCAAGGAUCGUCAUUGAAAAUGACACUUUCAUGUGUGUUGUUCCAUACUGGGCUGUCUGGCCAUUUGAAACUAUGAUUGUUUCAAAGACUAAGAUUGCUUCUGUUGCUCAAUUUACUGAAUCUCAAAAGAGCGAUUUAGCAUCAAUCAUGAAAACUUUGACUAUCAAAUAUGAUAACAUGUUUGAAUGUAGUUUCCCAUACUCUAUGGGUCUUCAUCAAGCUCCAUUGAAUGCAACUGGUGAAGAAUUGGAAAACAGUUGGUUCCAUAUGCAUUUCUACCCACCAUUAUUGAGAUCUGCUACAGUUAGAAAAUUCUUAGUCGGGUUUGAAUUAUUAGGUGAACCUCAAAGAGAUUUAACUGCUGAACAAGCUGCUCAAAGAUUAAGAAAUUUGGAUGGUGAAGUUCAUUAUUUGGAAAAACUAGACUCAUAA